AUGUCAUGUACUAAACCUCACAGUCACACCGAGAGGAGCUUCUACAUCAGGUCGCUCUUUGACUACGACAAGACGGCGGACUGUGGCUUCCUCAGCCAGGCUCUGAGCUUCCGCUUCGGCGAGAUCCUGCACGUGCUGGACUGCACCGACGAGGAGUGGUGGCAGGCGCGGCGGAUCAGCAUAAACGGGGACGUGGAGGAGGUCGGCUUCAUCCCCAGCAAGAGGAGGGUGGAGAGGAAGGAGUGGACUCGCCUGAAGACGAAAGAGAGGGACCGGAGUCGAGACAGCUUAGGUUCACAAGGGAGAGAUGAUUUCAUACAGAGCUAUGAGAUGGUCACACAAGUGGAAGUACAUUAUGCGCGACCGAUCAUCAUCCUGGGUCCGACCAAGGACAGGGUCAAUGAUGACCUUCUCUCUGAGUUCCCAGACAAGUUUGGCUCCUGUGUCCCCCACACGACGCGGCCCAAACGGGAGUACGAGGUGGACGGGCGGGAUUACCACUUUGUGUCGUCGCGGGAGCAAAUGGAGAAGGACAUCCAGAGCCAUCGGUUCAUCGAGGCGGGCCAGUACAACAGCCACCUGUACGGCACCAGCGUGCAGAGCGUGCGGGAGGUGGCCGAGCAGGUGGGCGGA